AUGAUGUCGACCGCAGUUCGCAAUGCCGAGAAGAGCAGAACCUCGACAUGCUCCUUUGCCGACAGGGUCGCAAGAGCUUCCAUUCAAGAAUACCUGAGAGUGACCAACAAGACACGAUGGGAAAGUUCAAUGCAGACGGUGACGGCGCAGAUGGUGCUAGCAGCGUUCUUGCUGCAUGACUCCAAGGACGACUCUCUCCUUGUGGUCUCGUUGGGCACCGGAACCAAGAUUGCCGCUCGUGAAUAUGUGCUCGAAGAUGCUGAAGGGCGAGUCGUCCGGGACAGCCAUGCCGAAGUCCUCGCUCGCCGUGCGCUGCAGCGUUACUUGUAUCGGGAGAUACAAAAAUAUCCAGAUGGGUCGGGUAGCAUCUUCGAGUUUCAUAACGUCUCGUCUCGUUUCGUUCUCCGUGCAAGUCUGACUUUGCAUCUCUACACAAGCUCUCAGCCAUGCGGGAAUGCGACGCUGAAAAGAUGGGCAAAGCCGAACUCAAGUUUGAGAUUUGAAGGAGAACUAUGGGAAAACAACGAGCACCCAAGAAUACUGAUCCAAGCAAGGGAGGAAGGGCAAGUGGCAGUCUUGGUCAAGAAAGACCCU